CUGACAUAGCCCAGAGCUUAGUGCAGCUGUGAAGAGAGAGAGAGAGAGAGAGAGAGAGAGAGAGAGAGAGAGAGAGAGAGAGAGAUGAGGGGGGGUUGGUGAGCAUCACAGUCAGAACAGGAGAAAAGGAGGGGAAUUCAUGUGGAGGAGGGGUUUUAUCAAGAGUGAGAGCGCUUAAAAGAGCUGGUGAGGAAAAAGUGAGUGAGAGAGCAACAGAGAGAGAGGGAGGGAGAGCAAGAGAGAGAGAGAGCAAGCGAGCGAGCGAGCGAGAGAGAGAGAGAGAUGCUGUUGCCAGGGAACAGUGGUGAAGUCGAAACGUCCAUCUUCAACAGCUUGCGGGGGGGAUAAACACAUGCUCGACCUUGGACACGCAGAGGACUGAGCGCGUGCCGGAGAGGGAGGAAGAAAACAGCUGAUCCUGACUCGGGGCACCCAUGCGAUCCCCUGCACCUCGCUCAGCCCAAGAGACCCGAGGAGAAGUGAGCUGAGGCCCAUCCCUCUUGGCACGGGAUGGGUACAGCGGAAGCCACUCUACGCAUGGACAGCAUGGAGGUGAAAGACGAGUGGCAGGAUGAAGACUUCCCCAGGCCCCUGCCAGAGGACGGAGAUAUUGAGACGUCAUGUGGCCUCACUGACAACAGAACAAAUCCCCCCACCACUCUGGCUGUGGGAGAGACCAUGGCCCAGCGUAAGCGUCGCACUCUGGUUGCCCCGGAGAUGAACCUGUCCCUGGACCAGAGUGAGGGCUCAGUGCUGUCCGACGACUUCCUGGAAACGCCCGACGACCUGGACAUCAACGUGGACGAUAUUGAGACACCAGAUGAGACCGACUCUUUAGAGUUCAUCACCAGUGGCAACGAACUGGAGUGGGAAGAUGACACCCCUGUGGCCACGGCCAAGCGUCUUCCCGGGGAAGGCGAGGAGGAGAGGGAUGCGUCUGGUCGCCUGUGGCGCACAGUGAUUAUCGGUGACCAGGAGCAAAGGAUCGACAUGCAGGUCAUCAGGCCGUACCUGCGGGUGGUCACGCAUGGAGGUUACUACGGCGAGGGCCUGAAUGCCAUCAUAGUGUUUGCAGCCUGCUACCUCCCUGACAGCAGCUGUGAGGACUACACCUACAUCAUGGAGAACCUCUUCCUGUACGUCAUAAGCAGCCUGGAGCUUCUGGUGGCAGAAGACUACAUGAUCAUUUAUCUGAACGGAGCAACUCCUCGCAGGAAGAUGCCGGGCAUCAGCUGGCUGAAGAGAUGCUACCAGAUGAUUGACAGGAGACUGAGGAAGAAUCUAAAGUGUCUGAUCAUUGCUCACCCGUCAUGGUUCAUCCGCACCGUCCUGGCCAUCUCAAGACCUUUUAUCAGUGUGAAGUUUAUGGAUAAGAUCCGUUAUGUUCACACCCUGGAGGAGCUCGGCCAGAUCAUCCCCAUGGAGCACGUGCAGAUCCCUGAAUGUGUGCUGCAGUAUGAUGAUGAGAAAAUCAGAGCGCAAAGGGAAAGAUCCGAGCAAGAGCAGCAGCAGACAAACUCAACACUGCCUAAAGAAAGGCCCAAAUCAAUGAUGGCGGAGGUGGGCCGUGACAUCUGACAUUAAGGUUCUCACUAGAGGAGCGUCUUUGGAACAGACACAAAAUGGGAGCCUUCUUGGAUGAUUAGCACACAACCAUGUACAGGAUUACACCAUACUGACUGAAUCCACCAGCUGAAAGACAAUCAUUUCUCAUCGAGAUCAUUUCUCCAAAAAUUUCAUGUUCAACAAAGCACAGUAGGUUUUAGUAGAAUCCUGAACAGGAGCAGAAAUAGUAGAUCUUCCCUGCAUGACAAGUCCAGCUUUAUCUGUGAUCAGCUACAGCAUGAUUUGGAGACUGCAACAUGAACUACAACUUUAACAGCCUGGGCGAACUCUAAAGCAGCUUCUGACAGAGCUUGGAUCUUCGACCACUUUGAAUUGUACAUAUUUGUAUCACAUAUUUUUGAGAGACGUGUUUGCACUGAUGCAGUAUUUUGGUUUGAUAUGAAUGGCAUGGGUAUUAGCUGAGUCCAUGGUUGUUUACUGAAAACAAAUAAUGUGCAAUAAUUAUUUCACAACAUCGCUCUCCUUAGACCUAAAUGAGAUGUUAACAUCAGCGGAGUGUCUAGUAUUUACAGUCUUCAUGUUUUCCAAAGUCUAAUAUGCGGGUGGCAUGCUUGUGUGUACAUAUAUAUAUAUAUAUAUACAGAAAAUCUCUGUUAAGUUUCAUUUUGUAGGUUUUCCAGUCAUUUGCCAUCAUGUUUUACAAGGUACUUUUGCAAGAACUGAAAGCAUACAUUGCUACAAAUGAGAUAACGUAUAUUUGAACAGUGAAAGGAAUUGAUAAAAGUGUUAUUUAUGAAUAUGUGCCAUUUAUUUUUUUGUAAGAAAAAUAAAUGAGUGAACCAAAACAA